CAUCAUUUUUGGAAAAUACACCCAUAAAUAAUAAGCAUAGAUGUAAACACACACGGAUUUUGGUUAACAGAAGUAGUUCUUUUUUCUUUAUUUCAUUAGCGGCAUUUAUUGACUUUAACAAAAAAAAUUCCUAGUGUUUUUUACUUAAUACAUGAGAAAUUGUUAUGUCGGAAUCAACAAGUAAUAAAUGUAACGUUGAAGAACGUGGAUCAGAUAAUACUAAUCCUUCACAGUCAGAUCAAAUUGCUUUCACUUCUAGUCAAGUUACUCUAAAAGCAUUUGAUAGCAUUGAUUCUGGUGAUGUAUCGACUGAUGACCUGCCUAAACUUUGUUCACCUGGGUCUCGUUUAGUACCAGCUGGAAGCCUGACUAACAGUGAUAGUACUUCAAGCUAUAAAAGUCGAGAGAAACGUCGUUCUAGUGUCCUAAUUGACAAACGAGCCUAUCAUCAAAAUCAACAUCCCUCUUUGUCUUCAAUUUCAUCCGGUCAAGAUGACUGUGAGUAUUUAUUUUUAUCUUACUCCUUUAUUCUGCAAUUUUAAAAUGUAGGCACAACUCUCCG